AUGUCUUACAGCACCUUUGCUAUUUUCUUUUUUUGUUUUAUGGCUUUUGCAUCUGCUUGUUACAUCCAAACCUGCCCCAUCGGAGGAAAGAGGUCAGUGUUGGAUGUCAUGGACAUAAGGAAGUGUAUCCCAUGUGGGCCAAGAAACAAAGGACAUUGCUUUGGCCCUAACAUCUGCUGCGGGGAGGAGCUGGGCUGCUACGUUGGUACCUCAGAGUCUUUGAGAUGUCAAGAAGAAAACUACCUGCCCUCUCCUUGUGAGUCCGGGAGAAAACCCUGCGGAAAUAAUGGUGGCAACUGUGCGGCAUCUGGCAUCUGUUGUAACAACGAGAGCUGUACAAUUGACCCCACGUGUGAACAGGACUCUGUAUUUUCCUAG